AUAAAAGUGAAUCAAUGUCGCAUUUAAUUGAAUAAAUGUUACAAAAUGGAAAAUAAUAAAGAAUUGGUAGCGGAGAGAAUUGUAACGCCUGAGUUAUAUUUUCUCAUAUCGAAGUUUCUGGCUUCGGGUCCGCUGCGGGAAACGGCUGAGGUCCUGGUACGUGAACUAGAACAAAAGAAGGUUUUACCACGGCGUACUGAUUGGUUGGGUAAUGAACACGAGCAAAGUUUCGCUGAGCUGGAACAAAAAUAUGCACACGUCGGACCCAAUCACCUUUUAGAAAUAUGUUGCCGCAUAGGUCCGAUACUCGACAAAGAACUGCCACCGGCAGUAUUGGGCAUUGUCUCCUUACUUGGUACCGGCCGUCAAAGUUUGUUGCGUACCGAAGGAAGUAUUUAUCGGUCGAGAUCCUUAUUGGAUUACUGUACACGUUUACAUGGUGUAUCGCUUCCCGAUUCCGCAAUAACAAAACCCAUUCACAAUUUGCAAAAAGUCAUAACUGGUCGCGAAUACGGUGGACCAAUUCGACGAAAGUUGUUGGUGCCCACAAGCCUCUACAGUAAAACCAAACUACUGAAGCGAACCGUAGGACAUUUGUCCUCUGUGUAUUGUGUGCUUUUUGAUCGCACUGGUCGUUACAUUAUAACGGGUGCCGAUGAUCUUCUAAUAAAAAUAUGGUCUGCUUUGGAUGGUCGUUUGUUAGCUACGCUACGGGGCGCUUCAGCAGAAAUAACCGACAUAGCAAUCAAUCUUGAUAAUACAAUGUUAGCAGCUGGCUCAUUAGAUCGCAUUCUACGUGUUUGGGACAUGCAGACCACAUCACCGAUAGCUGUGCUUACGGGCCAUACCGGCAUGAUAACAUCGGUUAAUUUCUGCCCCUCGCCACGAGGUGAUCUAAAAUAUUUGGUGACCACCAGUACUGAUGGUUCAAUUGCAUUUUGGCAAUAUUCGACGCCGCGCGGCCAAAAAAUAACUUUUGCACCCAAGCCGAUACAGUAUCACGAGAAGCUGCGUCCGGGACAGGCUCAAAUGAUGUGCACAACCUUUUCGCCAGGUGGCAUGUUUCUCGCAGCUGGCUCAGCUGAUCACCAUGUACGUGUAUACAUUAUGUCAGAAGAUGGACCUAAACGCAUUCUCGAAUCGGAAGCGUAUACGGAUGCUGUGGACUCGGUGCAGUGGUCGCAUAGAGGAUUACGUUUCAUAUCGGGAAGCAAAGAUGGGACUGCACAUAUAUGGAAUUUCGAAUCACAACAAUGGAAAAGCACUAAGUUGUGCAUGACAGAACGGUUACAUAGCUGCCCACCACCAGAAGAGGGUAAAAAGUUGAAGGUUACUAUGGUCGCUUGGGAUUGCUCUGACAAAUAUGUUAUUACCGCCGUAAAUGACUUCACAAUAAAAAUUUGGCAUUCAAAAACUGGUAAAUUGCAUCGUGUACUGCGUGGCCAUAAGGAUGAACUCUAUGUUCUCGAAUCAAAUCCAAAAGAUGAACAUGUUUUGCUUUCCGCUGGUCAUGAUGGUCAGGUUUUUCUGUGGGAUAUUGAAAAUGGAAUUUCUGUGGCUGAGUUUGUAAACGAUAUCGACGGCCAGGGACACGGAGGUGUGUUCGAUGCGAAAUGGUCACCAGAUGGCACCAUGAUCGCGGCUACAGACUCACAUGGCCAUUUACUUAUAUAUGGACUUGGUAUUGGUCCAGAUAAAUAUAAACUACUUCCAAACGAAUUAUUUUUCCACACGGACUAUCGUCCAUUGAUGCGAGAUGCAUCUCAAUAUGUUGUUGAUGAACAAACUCAAGUAAUGCCACAUUUGAUGCCGCCGCCAUUUCUCGUGAACUCCGAAGGCAAUCCCUAUCCCGUACAGUAUCAACGUUUUGUCCCUGGUCGUGAAAAUUGUACCCGCGAACAGUUGAGACAAAUUUUAACAGUAGGUGAUGACGGCACGGUAAUUGUUCCAAAUAUAAAUGGCACUGGCGGGAACUUCUCACACAUUGAUCGCCUAAUAGCCGUACUAGCCAAUCGUCAAGGUGCUGCUCCAGCAUCACCAGCAGUGAUUGUCGGAAACAAUGCAGCUGGCAAUCAUUCACAACUGGAUCGUCUUAUAGAGGCACUUGCCAGUCGCCAAGGUCAGGACCAGGCACCCGAUUCCAACAAUCGUCCGUCAAGUAGUCGCUCAGCGGCUGGAGGAGCGAGGUCAUCGCGUUACAGCUUCGAUGAUUUACCUGGGCAUUCCUUGAAUCAAGAUAAUGUAAAUCGUCAAGAUACAGUCCGUGUUCGGCCAUCAGGUGAACAACAAUUGGUACCAAUUACAGAUCAGCCAGCUCAACCGUCGCAGAUUAAAUAUUUUCGUCGUAUCUAUGUACGCCCUAUGAAGUACCAGCAAUUGCAAAACCUCAAACAAACUGUGUAUGCGGCUGGUCAUUAUGAGAUGCAGGAGUAUAAGCGCGAGAUGCGCAGACGACCCAUUAUGAUAAAUACAGGUAAUGUUGCGAGCGCACAAUCUAGCGCCAAUCGUCAACGCAAUACAAGGGGUAAUAAUGGCACUGGCGGUGGUGCUGUUCGUGCACGUCGUCGUCAGGGGCCAGGCAGUCAACCGCAGCCGGCUUAUCGCACACGUGCUGUGCGUGAUCAGGAAGAGCUAGACGCCCCACCGCCGCCAGAAGAAGAGGAGGAGGAUGAAGAAAGUAAUUCAUCAUCGGGUGAUACCAGCUACUCGAAUGUGGAAGAAAACCUAGAAGAAUCUUCGGAUGAUUCGGAUACCGAAAGUUCAGAUUAUUCGGAUUGGGUAGCAGAUACGCCAGGUCCGAAUUUGGAGCCACCAAAGCGUUCGAAGCGCAAGCCAUUGUCGAGACGGCGCACAUUUAGUGACGAUAGUAGUGACGAGACUACAGAACAAGCUACAACGUCUGCUGGCGCAGCUGCAAAGGCUACGAAGCGAAAUAAGCGUGUCGUUAUACCGCCACCAGCACCCAACGGCGAAAUACCUGAGUUAUAUCGACCUGCUGAAUGGCUUUCGGAGGUGAUACCGCGUAAGGCUCCUUACUAUCCACAAAUGGGUGAUGAGGUGGUAUACUUUCGGCAAGGACAUCAACGUUAUUUAGAAGCAGUACGUCUUAAAAAAGUUUACAAAUUAACACACAGUUCAGAGCCAUGGAACUUUCGAACAUUGCGCGAUCGUGAAUUUGUACGUGUGAUUGGCAUCAAGUAUGAAAUACGGCCGCCUCGAUUGUGCUGCCUCAAAUUGGCAAUGAUUGACGAUGAUGGCAAUAUGACGGGCACAUCUUUUAAAAUCAAGUACCAUGAUAUGCCGGACGUGCUCGACUUUCUGGUGUUGCGUCAAACUUUCGAUCUGGCGGUUCAGCGUAAUUGGGGUGUUGGCGAUCGUUUUCGCUGCAUGAUUGGUGAUGGUUGGUGGAUGGGACAAAUUGAAUCACGUUACGCACUUUCUACCGAUUUUCCUGAUUCGUACUUCAUGUGUUUCCGGGUUCGCUGGGACAAUGGCGAGUAUGAGUAUAUGAGUCCAUGGGAUAUGGAACCGAUUGAUGAAAAUCGACUGCCCGAUGAGGUGGGUGGAGCGGUACCUGUAUUACAGGAGGAGAUACGCGCUACUUUAUAUCAACCGAAAUCGGAAGAGUGGCAUCGGGGAGAUCGGGAUGGGUCAUGUAGGCGCAUUAUCAACGGCUUAGAGCAGGUAAUGCGUCUCUCGAUUGCCGAACACUUUCUGGCACCAGUUGAUUUAAAUGUGUAUCCAGACUAUGCUUAUCUGAUUGAGUAUCCAAUCGAUUUGACCACCAUCAAGUCUCGUUUCGAAAAUCAUUUCUAUCGGCGCAUUACUUCAGCGCAAUUCGAUGUGCGUUAUUUGGCAACAAAUGCUGAAAAAUACAAUCGCUCCCACACGAAUAUUGUAAAACAUGCGCGCAUUAUAACCGAUCUAUGUUUACGCGUAAUCAGGGAGCCAAAUGAUAUUGAUGUUGCUGCUGUUUACCAUCAAUUAGUUGAUGUAUAUCACUCAUCCGAAACUGAGAACGAUAAUGAAUCAGAUGUGGUACCAUCGACCAGUACUGGUCCAUCCACAUCGGCUGCAGCCCGUCAAAAAAUGUCAGCUACUCGAAGAUCAAGUCGCAUUCGUUCCGAUGGCGAUUGGCGUACUGAAUGCCGUCAACUAUUAGACUUAAUGUGGCAGCGUAACGAUUCGUUGCCAUUCCGUGAACCAGUUGACACACUAGAAUUCCCCGAUUAUCUUGAAAUUAUUUCAUCACCAAUGGAUUUGCGUACCGUUAAAGAGGAUUUGCUCGGUGGUAAUUAUGAAGAUCCUUUAGACUUUGCAAAGGAUGUACGUUUGAUAUUUCAAAAUUCGCGUAACUACAACACCAAUAAGCGUUCACAAAUCUACUCCAUGACGCUGCGCCUCAGUGCGCUGUUCGAAUCCCAAAUCAAAACGGUGAUCAGUAACUGGAAGGCAGCUCGUCGGCGUGCGAAUAAGAACAAAUCAGGUAGUGCUCGCGGCUCUAGUAGUAGUCCUGUAAAACGUCAACCGCCCGAUCGCAAUCGUGGUGGAGUAGCAUCUAAGCGUGCACGCAGCCAGCGAAACACACGCCAACUCCAUAGUUCGGAUGAUGACGAUGACGACGAUGACGAAAAUGAGAACGGUGCUGGCCGUGUGAAUAUACAGCCACGUGGUAGUCAACGCCGGGGUAUCAGCGGAACAACGAAUGGCAGGAAUGGUCUGCAUCGUGGCGGUACUACUGUUUCGGUGGCUGCGAGUACCUCUGCCGGCUCGAAUCGUGUUAGCUCGUCUUCUUCACUACAACGGCGCAGUGGUGAAGCAACACAAGCAACGCGGAGCUCACGUCGCAAGGCCGCCAGUCAAGAGAUAGAUGAUGACGACGAUGAUGAGGAUGAGGAGGAUACAGAAUUGCACGUAACGGAUGAGCAUACCAGUGUGACGAGUUCCACCUCAGAUGACAGCGAGAGCGACGAUAGUUCAGAGGAUGGUCUAAAUGGUAGCAACGAUGGAUCAGAUAACAACGAUGCGCGCGGUAAGCGUGCCGCUGCACGUCGUUGUAAACGGCGAAGUGGCGCCGAUGAUUCGGAAGACAGCUACAAACCCGACAAUGAUAGACGUGGCAGUAAAAGGCGCAGUGCCCGCGCACGCGGUAGUAAAAAGAAGACGAUAAAAAAAUCAAGUCGAAAAAAACAGGAUAAACAGCAGCAAGCCACACGUAAGCGACGACGACUCAUCGAAGACGAUGCUGAUGAGGAUUAUAUGGAUCAAAGCGGUAAAAGGCGUACGACGACGAUAGCAGCCACCGCAAAUGGUGCACGUCGUGCUGCUAAUGGUGCUGCUGUCACAAAUGGUAACGUGCGCAGAGGCAAUAGGCGACGUUUGCAGUCAUCUGAGGAUGAGCACGGAAAUAUGUUGGCACAACACACAAGUUCGCAGGCGGAUGAGAGCACACAAGACACGAUUACGGGUCACCCAGCGACGGUGGGUAUGACAACACCAAAAAAACGUGCUUCGGCAACCGGGCGUUCGCAUCGUGGUGGCCAAGCAUUGAAUGUUAGCGAAAACAGUGCUAGUACAAGUACCAACGUAUCACAGCAACAAAGCCCUUCCCGCAAUACGCGCAUGCAAACGAGUACGUCGGCUACGGUAAACAAUCGUCGAAGUGCCACGGAAAUCGAUCACAGUUACCAUCUUCCAAUGCGCAAUGGCCGCAUUGCCGACUCAGAUACAGACUCGCGUGAAGUAGCAGCCAACGCGCGUCCUACCAGGUCUAGCUUUAAGCGCGCCAUUUUAGAGUGGGCGCGCACUAGUGAUGUGGAUGAUGCAGAGCAGGAGGGAGGAGUUGAAGAGGAGGACAGUGAGGAGGCAGAGGAGAUUCUGCCUACACCGACGCCCACAAAGGUUACGCCUUCUAAGGCAAAUAAUGCUAGCAAUCUACUAAACGGUCCCUCAACCAGUCGAGCUGCUUAUGGUGGUUCAGUUGUGCCCGUAGCGGUUGGAACGGUACGUCAGUUGCGCACCAAUCGUAAUACAAUUGUUGAGCCGCCAGACGAGGAGGAGGAUUCGGAAGAUGGGGACGGAAGCGAAAAUGAGCCGCUUGUUUCAAGUCAAGGCAUCGGAGCUGGAGCUAAUGGGCGUAUUCAUCCUGCCAGUUACCCGCCAACCCGCAGCACCACUAACACUGCCACGCCUCGUCUGCAGGCGCACGCUGCUGCCAUGAGCAAUGCUCACAUGACGCGCUCACACGCCACGUCAACAACGUCGUCGAACGUAACUACCUCUACAUUGUCAGCGCAUGAUCACAAUUAUUUGGGUACAGAAGCGUUGGGUCCGUCCACCUCGGUAACCGCUUCACGUGGUACUGCACGUCGCGUGUUAUCGCGACAUCAGCGCAACGCUGAUGAAUUGGACAGCAACGCUGAUGAAUUGAACAGCGGCGCUGAUCCCCUAGAAAACGUAAGCAUGCUGAUGCGAAACGCACGGCUUCGCCGCGGCCUACCAACAUCGACGACACAGAAUACAAUAUUUGGCAGCAGAAUGAUACCAACGACAUCGGCAACCGCAGCGACAGUGCUAGCACCGCAACCUCCUACCCGAACAGUUCGACGUGGGCGUUCACGAUAUAGUCAAGAACAUUCACAAACUGCCGAAGAUGAUGAUGAUGACGAAAGUGUAGAAGAAGAUGCUAGCGCCGCUUCGGACAAGGGCACUGAUGGAGGUUCUAGUACGCAUGGAGACGACAACGAUGAUGAUGCUACCGAUGACUCGGAAGACAAUCAACCAUUGACUUCGUAUGUACCAUCUGGGAGGCGCACACGUAGUCGCGGCAAACCGGCACGUCGCACCAAUCGCCGGCGUCGUUCGGAUGACUCCUUCGUGUGCGACGAUGACGACGAGGAUUAUGAAGUAGAACGUCAACGGCAGCGAAGACGUCAACAGCAAAGAGCACGGUCACGUCGACAUAGCGAACGCGACAGUCCCCAGCGCGAUAGUCGCAAGCAGCGUGGAUCGCGCAAUCAAAAGCGACCACGCUACAAUGAACAGAGUGAUGAUGAAGUGUCGCAUGACUAUAGCAACAUGCGAAAGCGACGACGAGACGCGGGUGUGGAAGGUGAUUUGGUAGGCAGCACAUCACAGCGCUCAGCGACACAAAGACUGCCACGCAAUAACGAAGUGACGGACAGUUCUGAAGGUGAUGAUGACGAACAGUUGGUUAGCGUUAGCAGUCGCGGACGCGUGCGAAAAAUAUCGGCUAAGGCGCGUCGUAUUUUCAAAGAAUAAACAUGGGUGCGUGCACUUAGGUACCGGUGUUCGAAAUGACUGUUUAUAAACACACGCAUACAUAUAGUGAAAAUUAAAGGAGAAACAAGAAUGUGUAGUAACUUUAUUAAAAAUAUUACUUUUAAACAUGUAAUUAUAUAUAGUAUAUGCAACUCGUUUGAGACGCGCUUUCAAUUUGUUAUAUAUUUAUGGAUAAUUUUCUUUAACCUCUCUAACACAAAAUAUACGCGAAUUAAGCGAUUUUGCUAACGCAUUGCACACUAGAAGCGUGGCUAUUUAGUAAUUUAAGAUUUAGUUAAAAUUUAUGUUUUAAAUAAAUAUGUAUGUUUGCAAUUCGUAGGAACAUGGAAGCUGUUAGAAAGACUCAACACAGACAAUUACAAAAAAGGAAGAAAGCAUCAAUAAGAACUUUGCACUUUGGCUGCAAUAUGAAUUUUCAUAGAUAUUAUUUAACCACAAACAACGCAAAGCAAUUUUCUCAUAUACUUUACAUAUUUCCCUAAGUUACCAAACAAUUUAAGACUUCCAUACGCUAUUCAUCAACGUAACUAUUUACCAUUCAUAUAACUUUUGUAAUAUAUUCUAAUUACUUGAAUGGACAAACCUCGAAAAAGUCUUAAGCUUUCAUGCUCCAUCAAAAUGUUUUUUUAAUAUUAGAGUAAAAUGUUGAUUUAUUUUCUUUUUUUUCUGAAGUUUUAAAAAACAUGCAUCAUUUCAUUACAUCAUAUAGAAAUAGACACAGCCAUUUAACUUCUAUUUCAUACAAAGUAACACGACCGGGUCGGCAUUGCCUACCAUAAUCACCAUGCAUUAUUCCAUCUGAAUACUUUAUCAUAACUUAUUUCAAUGUAAUUUUAUAAUUUACUA